ACACAUAUAGAACCUUCUAGGGCUUAAGUCACUUGUUAGAGUUUACAAACACAAACAAUCUUGUUCGAUAUGAUGAAGCAAAGCUGAUAGUUUUUGGAGUACCGUGCAAAAGAUUAAUUUGAUUGAGGGAUAAAAUCAAAAUUAAAAGUAUAUAUACCUAUACUAAGUGUGUGAACUGAACAUUUUUGGUGCGUGAAAAUAGAAUCUCUCGAAACCCCUUCAUUCAAUACAGAAAUUUUGUAAAAUUUUUUUUUUUUAAAAUUAUGUUUCUAUAUCACUACCAUAUUUGUUUGCAUUGGUGGCCAAACCCCCCUACUCAUUUUUUAAAAGAGUUGCUAGGAUCCCAGAAUUAUUUACCCAGAAAAAUUCCCUAAUAAACAUUGGAGGGUGGAGAUUUAUUUCAUGUGUGGGCUCCAUUAAAGAAUUAAAUCUAAACUACACAAUAAAAUUCACUUAUAAAUUCUAGACAACUUUUCUAGGAUCCUAGAGUUUUUCAUAAUAAAAACCCCCAUCACCUUCAAAGCAUAUCACCUUCUUCCUCAUCAACUCUCAUCACUCCCUUCCUUUCCUUUCCCAUUCCAUUCAUGGCUUCCAACCAAACAUCUCUUCAAAACUCAACCUCAACCCCAACCCCCAUUCCUGAUAUUGAGCAACAAACCACUCUAGAAUCAGAAAAAAAAGACUUCGACUACUCCACAAGGGCCCAAUGGCUCCGCGCUGCGGUCCUAGGAGCCAACGACGGGUUGGUCUCCAUCUCCGCUUUAAUGAUGGGUGUUGGGGCUGUCAAACAAGACGUUAAGGCCAUGAUCUUAAUCGGCUUUGCCGGUGUAGUGGCCGGCGCUUGUAGCAUGGCCAUAGGAGAGUAUGUCUCCGUUUACUCUCAACUCGAAAUAGAACUAGCUCAAGAGAGGAGAGACAAGAAAACGGUUGGCGAUGGCGAUAGUGGGGGCAGUACCGGUGGCAAUGGCGGAGAGAACAAAGAAGAAGAAAAAGAUGAGGGUAGACCAAGUCCAGGGAAGGCGGCUGCAGCUUCGGCUAUUGCAUUUACGACGGGGGGAAUAGUGCCAUUGCUAGGGGCAUCAUUUAUAAGGAAUUAUAAGGUGAGAGUAGGGGUGGUGGUUGGAGUAGUGAGCGUUGCUUUGGUGGUGUUUGCAUGGUUGGGGGCUGCGUUAGGGAAGGCACCACUAGCAAGGUCUAUUAUGAGGGUUUUAAUUGGAGGUUGGUUGGCUAUGGCCAUAACCUUUGGAUUGAUAAAGCUUGUUGGUUCAGGUGGGCUGUAAUGAACUCUUGUAUGUUUAGUUUUUCAAAAAAUGCUAUAAGCCAUAAAUAUUUAUCUUGGAACCUACUACAAAAGGGAGGUAUAUAGUGUAAAUUUAAUGUUAAUGAAACGGGAACCACACACUUAAUGAAUGUAACUCACAGAUUUACUUUUUCGGAUAAUUUUCUAAAUAUUUUUUUAUGUGUUUGGUAUUGUUGUUAGUUUUUAUUAUGGUCGUUAAUAGAUCUACUUUUUAUUUAUUUAUUUAUUUAAUAUUGUUAGUUUUUAUUGUGGUCGUUUGGAUAUUGGAUUUGGAUAAUGAUAUCCAAAGAAAAGAAAAGAGACAUGCUCGAGGGUAAUUAUUCAACAGUCUUGCCAUGGGAUAUUAUCCCUCCCAAUCAAUGUAGCGAAAACUGUACAUGUAGGACAAUGUUGAUCUCCCUUUCUUAGGCCCCGUUUGUUUUCCGCGCUAGCAGUCCACCCCAGACUGUUAGUCAUGAACAAUAAAAUUAGCUUAUGUUUGUUUUGGUUUUUGAACUCCGGAUUCGUAAUCCCCUCGGCUUAGGAUAGGCCUUGGGCAACGGAUUAGCAAUCUGGGCUGGGGGGUGGUAUUAGAAAUUAGUCCUUUCAGAUUGGGUGUAAUCGGUCGUCCGGCCGGUCAACCAGUCAUCUCUACUUUUUCUUUUUUUUUAAAACUUGUUGGCCUUUUUUUUAAACGUUAAUGUCUAAUGUUUUUGUAUUUUUUGUUAAGUAAAAAUCAUUGUUAAAUUUUUUUUAUUAUUUUAUAUAAAAAUAAUUUAACAAUCCCACACUAACAAACAAACACAAUUUUACUAAUCCCCUCGCUAUAAAUCCCCUCACUAUUAAUUCCCUCCACUCUACCUCUGAAAACAAACAUGACCUCAGAUAGUUGAAAGAUGAAGACGACCACCUAAUUUAUUUCACAGUUCCUCAUUUAUUAAGAACACUACA